AUGUUCAGGAAUCCCCGUGAGAACACUACUCUGAAUGCGACCAAUGCCCUUCUCCCUUCCACAGGGCGACCCCCGACUCCACCACCCAUCGGUACCGAAAAGCCCAAAGUAGUUUCAUCUCCCUUUUUCGCAGCUCAAAACGCUGUACCUCCUCAGAAGAAUCUACCAAUGUCGAAAACACCAGUUAUUGGGAGGCAGGUGGGCUCAAAGAUACCCAGUUCCAGAAAGCCUGGGUUCAAGCAGAAUCAAAGCAUUCUGAACUUCUUCGCCAAAUCGGACAAGCCCGAAGCUGAUGCAACUGGCAGUCAAUCAGACGUGCAUUUAUUCUUCAAGGACUCCCAAAAUAGUGUCAAAGAGCAAGAACUUGUUGAGCGGGUCAUUCAGCAAAGCAGAGAGGAAGACCAAUCGAGGUUCAAUGAAGACGAUACUCCAAUCAAGCGCAGGCGAACGGACAAUCCAGGUCUUGAUUGGGAGGUUCGGACACCCUCCCCUGAGCCCUCAGUAGGGCUGGAAAGUGCAAAGAAGCAGAUCGGGGAUAUUUCUUCGAUAGAUCGAGAUCGGACUCCGAAACGAUUCGGCGGCUUCGUGGACGACUCAAGUGACGAAGAAGAUGGGGGAGUUGUUGAGGAAGGUGACAUUGGCAACAACAUCGACCUAGAAGUAAGAGCAGUUCCCGACCUGGAAAGUAUGGAAAAUCUUGAACGCAAUCUAGGAACACAACCCGGGCUUGGACUGAAGGAGUUUGGGAAUCACACAGACGCCGAGACCGAGCGAAUGCCUGACAACCAGAUUGAAGGACCUACAGAGGAUACGGGAGUGGUUAUUCCAUCACUAAAUCGCGAAGGUACAAGCAUGUUCAAUGCUGGAGAUUUUGACGACGAGGAAGAUUUCGAGAACGAUGAAUUUUUCGAAGAAGGUGAAGAAUUCAUGGAACGACGGUGGAUGGAGGAACAACGAGAGAUGGAGAUGGGACUCGAUGAGGAUUCGAAGUCGGAGAGUGGCACGGAGAGUGUUGCAACUCCGGGAAGCUUCUAUGAAUCAAACGUACAAACCCAGUCAACAACAACAGAUAAUGUUCCACUAUGUCCCAUAUGCAGUGGGAACAUGAAAGGACUCUCAGAGGCACAAGCAUCUUCACAUGUCAAUGCGUGCCUAGAUGGGACUGCGCCGGCUUUGCCUCAAGCGCCGAGUACAGAAGGUGGAGGAUCAUCAAUACUGCCUAAGGAGAUGGAUGGCCAUAUGCCUAAACGAUUCCAGCGUGCAGCGAUCGCGCGCCCAGCACAAUCAAACCCCUUUGCAGUAAAACAAGGAAGCAAAGGAGGUUCAGCCUUUACCAGACUGAUGUCUGGGCACGCAGAAGAUGCAGCAUGGGCUGCGGCAGCCACCAAUGAAGUUCAAUCACGCGGGAAACCCGCUUAUCAGCGAACCUGUCCUUUCUACAAGAUCAUGCCCGGUUUCUACAUCUGUGUGGAUGCUUUCAGGUAUGGAAAGGUUGAUGGGCAGAAUGCGUAUUUCCUCAGUCAUUUCCACAGUGAUCACUACAUUGGACUUACUUCUUCCUGGUGCCAUGGUCCAAUUUAUGCCAGCAAGGUUACCUGUAAUCUUAUGGUUCAGCAAUUGAGGGUGGAUCCGAAGUGGGUUGUCCCACUAGAGUUCGAAAAGAAGGUUGAGGUUCCCAAUACCAAAGGUGUGUUUGUGACCAUGAUUCCCGCCAACCAUUGUCCUGGGUCAUCGCUCUAUCUUUUCGAAAAGAUUACGGGCAAGAACAGGGAUGGAUCACCCAAAGCCACACGAAUCCUGCAUUGCGGCGAUUUUCGAGCCUGCCCUGCUCAUAUCAGCCAUCCUCUGCUACGGCCUGAUGUGAUGGACAGUAUCACGGGACAAAUGAAACAACAGGUCAUCGACACCUGCUACUUAGACACCACAUAUCUCACGCCCAAGUACUCAUUUCCAGGCCAAUACGAUGUCAUUGAUGCCUGUGCUCAAAUGUGCGUCAGCCUAUCCAAGGAAAUGGUCGACUCGUCUGAUAGCUGGGAAACGACCAAGGCGGAAAUGGCAGGUAGCACCAUGAAGAAAUUUCUGGAACAAGGCGAGUCAGAAAGUGCCAAAGAUCAGGGCCCAGUUGAGCAGUCGCCAAAGACGAAGACUCGAGGUCGACUUCUUGUGGUGAUUGGCACUUACUCGAUCGGCAAAGAACGCAUCUGCUUGGGCAUAGCCAAAGCCUUGAAUUCCAAGAUCUAUGCACCACCCGGCAAGAUGCGCAUCUGUGCAUGCCUUGAGGAUCCUGACCUUAAUGCACGCCUGACCAAGAACCCGUUGGAGGCACAAGUUCACAUGCAGACUUUAAUGGAGCUUCGGGCGGAAACCUUACACGACUACAUGAUGACCUACAAAGGGCAUUUCGCUCGAGUGGUUGGCUUCCGGCCUACCGGCUGGUCAUAUCGACCACCAACUUCUCGCUUCACCGAGAAUCCUGCCGUGAGCACGGUCCUGAAUUCCGAUGGCUGGAAGAGUCGCUUCACGAUGCGAGAUCUUGCACCACAGCGAGGCAGCACUAAAGAGUCCAAUUGCUUCGGCGUACCCUAUUCAGAACACAGUUCUUUUCGAGAGUUGACGAUGUUCUGUUGCGCUUUACGCAUCAAUCGCAUUAUACCGACGGUUAAUGUUGGAAGCGCGAAAAGUCGAGAGAAAAUGAAAGGGUGGAUUGAGAAAUGGGACGCUGAGAAACGCAAGAAUGGGCUGUUCAAAGUCGAGAAUGGAGGGGACGGCUGGGGCUCUGGAGAUGGGAAACUCAAUUACGGUGUAUGA